UGAGCUUCACCGUGUCUUUUUUCCUCUCACCGAGGAUUUCCCUCACUAAUGGCGUUUUGCGUGAAAGUGAACAAAGUUAUUGACGUCAAUGCUGUGAAUUCCAAAUAGCGGGUGGAAAUAGGUGCCUCUUCUUCUAUGUAGUGUCCCCUCCCUCGGAAUGUGAGGUGGGCGGCCUCCCCAUCGGGUACGGAUCCAGGGACUCCAUCCUCAGGCCGGGUGACAAGGAGCACUGGAAAAGACGAAGGCGUGGCCCACUCAGGCGGAUUAAUAGCUGCAGCAGCAGCAGCUGGGAUCCAGGCACAGACAAACAGCAGGCUGCGUUCGGACUGAGUAGAGGUGCAGCAAUGCGCUGCUCCACCCUCCUCGGCAUCCUCACCGGGGUGCUUCUCUACUUGGUGCUGGGAGCCGUGGUGUUCCGCUCCUUGGAGGCUCCGCGAGAGGAAGGCAAGCACAUGGAUCUGCAGGAGGCGCGGCGGGACUUCUUGUUGAACUUUACCUGCAUGGGCCCAGAUGACCUUCAGACGUUCAUAGAGAAAGUAGUGGAGGCCGUCGGUGCAGGCGUGGAUCCUGGCGUGGAUCCCGGCAGUAACCUAACUUAUGUCAGCCAAUGGGAUCUGGCCAGUGCCUUUUUUUUCUCAGGGACUAUCAUCACAACUAUUGGUUUUGGAAACAUCUCUCCCAAGACAGAAGGAGGGCAGCUGUUCUGCAUCUUCUACGCUCUGGUGGGGAUCCCGAUGUUUGGUUUCCUGCUUGCUGGAGUUGGAGACCAUCUGGGUACUGGGCUGAGGAAGGCUGUUGCCAAAAUAGAGACUCUCUUCCGGAAAUGGCGUGUUAGUCCAACCAUUGUGCGGGUGAUCUCAGCCGUCCUGUCCAUCCUGCUCGGGUGCCUGCUCUUCGUCGCUGUGCCUAUCCUGAUUUUCCAGGAGGUGGAGGAGUGGACUUAUCUGGAGUCGGCGUACUUUGUCGUUAUCACCCUGACAACAGUGGGGUUCGGAGACUAUGUUGCAGGGGAUUCAGGAAAGGCGGGGAGUGACCAUUGGUACAAGCCUUUAGUAUGGUUUUGGAUCUUGCUUGGUCUUGCCUACUUCGCGUCCGUCCUGACGAUGAUUGGUAACUGGCUUCGGGUUCUAUCUAAGAAGACCAGAGCCGAGAUGGAGGAGCUCCGAGCACACGCGACUGACUGGACCCAAAACAUUCAGAAUAUGUCGGUGGAUUUUCGCAUUGCAGGAAGAAUCGACGACCCCUUUAAACGGCGCCGCCGAAAGCGCCGCCACGGCCCUCGCAGCCAAGGUCACACAGUGUCAGCCAACGGGGCCCCUGAGGGUAAAGAUGAGCAGAGUGAGAGUCAGACAGAGUCGGGAUCUUCCUACUCUUCCUCCUCCAAUGAGUCAGGGUCUGAAUCAGAAAGCGACUCUCAGGUCACUCAGACAGAGGGAGUACCCGAAGAGAAACCCGCAGAGACUCCGCCAGAUCCUCUCCUGUCGCAGCCUCUGGACCAUUUUGGGGAGAACCUUGCCUUUAUCGACGAGUCUUCGGAUGCCCAGAGUGGUAAACUCCAUUUGGAUCCUCUGCUGGAUGCGUUACAAUCCAACCGCGUACGCUCUCGGAUGCCCAAGAGGAGACGGCAAAGAAGGCCGGUUCCACAGAGAAGCCCCAAACUCAAAAGCUCCAGCCGUGAUGAGAAGGAGCCCAAUGGAAACCCCCAACCAAUUUCAGGUCUACCAGUGGAGCCUUAAGAAUGAAGCUGAAAACAGUCACUCCACUGCACAAGUAUCAGCCUAAGAGAUAUGAGAAGCGCUUAUAUUGUUUCAGGGGAGUUGUCAAUAUAGCACAUGUAUUUGUAUCUAUGUUCUGCUUACUUACAGACACUUAAGGGGAAACCCUGGUGCAGCAGCUUUGGCCACGUGUGCUUUGCAUUUAUUGCUCUUAGCAUGCGAGUGUGUAUUCCUCAACAAAAGAUGAUGAAGUGAUUUGUAUGCCAAUGUUCCCGUUACUUUCUGAGGAGUUACUGCCCUCUACUGGACCAAGAAAGAAACACUCUACCACUCUCUUUACGUCAGGGUUUGCUUGCUUUCACUAAUAAUAAAAAACCACCAAGAAAACGCAGCUGUGUGAUGCUCAUGUUAAUGAAAGGUUAAGGUGGUUAGGCAGAUACUUAAAUGUUGAAUGCUGCCAUCAACUAAACGAGUGCUAAAUAGGCUCUUUGGUGUGUAAUAAAA